UCCCAUGAGGGGUCAAAAAAGUGGACUCAUCAACAACUCUGACGUCAGCCUUUCCCAUGGAAAACACAAGAAUCUAGAGGGGACAUGCAUUGAUAAAGGACUUGUACAGAAUCGUUCUAAACCUGUUAAGAAGAAGCCGUCAUGCAGUAGCGGACGGGGGAGCUGUCCCGAGGAGAUGCACAUCAAGUCACAACAUGAAAAAUGCAAAGCAGCUCAGCAGAGCCCUGAGUAUGUGAAGGUUACCCCAACGGAGAUUUCAAAGUGGCGCUUCAAGGUACAGCUGGAAGGCGAAGGGACCUAUGAGUGUUCGGCUACAGGUCUGGUGUUUGAAGUGUCGGAGCAGGCUCUGGUCCGCUACUCGGUUCUGUCCUGGUCUGAAACCUCUGAGUUACUCCCUGACUCCUGGAGACCUGCUGGAUCGGUUUAUGAUGUGGAUGUGGUCAACAAGGAUCCAUCUGUGCUCAAGUUUAUCCAUUUCCCCCACUCUCUGUGCCUUGCUGAACCUGAGCAUGAGCUCAGCAUCAGUGUUCUGCACGUAAAGGAUCGCCAUGCCGACAUUGAGCCUACGGUGGACUUCACGGCGAGCCAUGUUAAAUGGCGCGUGUCCUCGCUUUCUCCUGUGGGUCCCAUCAUUCCGAGCCGUCAGCAUGCGAAGCACCACGGGGCAGUGCUGGUUUACAAGCAGCAGGACCAUCUAGAACAAUUCUGCUUCCAUGUGUUUUUGGCCCCGAACAACAAAUCUGAGAUCAAGGCUAUUGAAGAACAGGUGCUCUCUUCUGGUAAGAAAUUGAUCAAUAUGCACCUAUCGGCCGCCUGUAGGCUGGAAGAGAAGAACUACCAACUCAAAAGCAAGCCAGAAGGGAAAAUUAUGCCUUCGCAAAUAGAAUUCAUCACUGAAGGAACAAUGCUGAAGGGCUUCUUUGUAGCCAUCUUCGAUCAGCCUCCCCCUUUCGAAUUGUUUCUCAUGGACCCAGACAUUAACCAGGAAUUAUGGACUGCUAGAAUCACAAAAGGGGACUGGGCGGACAAGGAGGAACCAAAGCCAAGGAAAAUAACGGAAGUGCAGAGCUCAUGCCAAAAAAAGAUGGCCCGUUUGGAAGUGAUGCCGAAUAACAAUCCUUUGUUGCCAGACACAAACCGAGGUCAGGCUCUGUCCAGUAAGCAGCUCAUGCAGGUGGCCGAAACGCUGGGACAGGAGUGGGGGCGGGUGGGCCUCUACUUGGACCUGAGCACCACAGAUCUGGACGACAUCAAGGAAGGGGAAAAAGAUGUGACCAUGCAAAAAAUGAAGAUGUUGGAGCGGUGGCAGCGCCGAACACCAGGAGGAGAGGCCACAGCACAGGACCUGCUGAGAGGUCUGGAGGACCUGAAGGACCUACCUGUCGAGACCCGUCAGUUAUUGACAGACAUGAUGAAUGGUAGCCUGACGCUGCCAGACCACAAAGCAAAUGCGUAACAUUUUGGAACCUCUUAGUAAAUAUUAGAUUUCCAAGGGCCCAAACUGGACACAAUUGGAUAGACCAGCAACCAAUCAGCAACGAAGCGUGUGACACAUCAGCAGCAGCCCUCUCCAUUGUUUAGGAAACUCCUCAACGGCUCCCCUUGAGUGCUCCUCUGUACAGUGAUCGUAUCAAACCCGCCCCAUAUUAGAUCAACGCUUGUGGUUGGCCCAACCCGGGCCAGGCCUGCUGGAAAUCUGUCUGAACGGGAGGGGGCCAGACGCAUACACAAAGAGCAAAUAAAUCUAUGCUGACAGAUGAUCUGGUACCCAGGCUAGCUAUAAGGUUCAUUCAGUUAUUUGCAGAGGCCAUAGUGCAGUAGAUGUCUCCAUUGAAAGAAACGAUGAAGAUGGAC